GAAGAUGUUGGGAAUAGUGUUUUGUGCGUUACUUGUUGGGAUAUUUCCUAUAAACGUAAAACCAGAGCUAUACGCCUCAGAUGCGGCUCGUGACGACUGGGAAAGGAUAGUAGGGGGCACGAAAGCCCCUAACGGCUCAGUGCCAUAUCAAGUAUCCCUACGAACGUGGGGAGUGAGACACUUUUGCGGUGCAUCACUUAUCACACCGAGAGUUAUUCUGACUGCCGCUCACUGUGUUGAUAGGUUAAAACCUGAAUACUUCAAAGCAAUAGUUGGUACAAAUCAGCUCCGAUCGGGUGGUACGGCGUAUGACAUACGUAAAGUUGUACAACAUGAGAAUUAUGACAGUGAAGAAAUUAAAAACGAUAUUGCUAUAGUGUUUACCGAAAAAGAAGUUCAGUUCAAUGAAAUUGUUGACGCUAUAGAACUAAAUGAUGAACCAGUGGAAAAGGGAGAGGAUCUGCUUCUCACAGGAUGGGGGACCACUUCUUAUCCAGGACGCCUACCCAACGAUCUGAUGCAGCUGGAACUGAAGGCGAUCAGCUAUGAAGAAUGUAAGGAAGCUCAUAAAAGUGUUAAUGCAGUCUUCGAAACGCAGCUCUGUGCGCUUACAAAGGCUGGCGAAGGAGCUUGUCAUGGUGACUCAGGCGGACCUUUAGUGAGAGAAGGGCGCCAAGUAGGAGUGGUGUCGUGGGGUGUGCCAUGCGCGAGAGGAAAACCAGACGUUUACACCAAAGUAGAAUCGUUUAUGGAUUGGAUUGAGAAGACACUUUAUGAUGACGAUAAAGAACAUCUAUUACAUCUCCACAAAAAUAGAAAAACAAAUAGACAUUAUUAAAAAAACAACGGACUUGGUGGAAAUGACAAAAAAAUGUAACACAAACAUAUAAAUCUUCGUGUAAUUUCGUGUAUGAAAUAAUUUUAAGUAUUACUAUUUAGAACAUUUAUAUAUUUUUUUAUUACAUUCUGUAGAAGGCAACGAUAUUUUAGUGCAUAGUAUAUACUAAAAAGUUAGUAAACCUAUAAUCAAUUAUAAAUAUUAUAUAAAUAUAAGACCAUUACAGUCGUGAAUGAUCUUUUUUUCUCAUCAUUAUCAUCACAGCAGCUUUUCGCAGUCCUAGUGGACAUAGGCCUCCACAAGUUCACGCCAAAAAUGGGGUGAAUUCAUGUGUUUUGCCCAUAGUCACCACGCAGGGCAGGCGGUUUAGUGACCGCAGCUUUAUUUCUCAUUAUUUGUAAAUACUUUUUUUAACGCUUCAAUAAUAAUAAUUAAUAUUUAUAAUUAAGGUGGUUGGGGAUUUACAUAUUUUAAGAUAAUACUUGUUAUUUAGUUGAGUAAUCUGAAGUUCAUUAAAUGGUAAAACACUA